AUGGAGAUCUCAUUCGAGCCAAUUGAACAUCCGUCCACCUUUGAGAUAGGGAUCGAAUGGACAAUUUUCUUGUUGCAGGUAUUUCUGUGUACGUUGAGUGCAUAUCUGCUCGUCUUUCAUGCGAGUAUGGCAACAAUCGUAGCUGCUUUGAUUAGAACGAGACUUGAAAGUCGUCAUCAAUCAGCUCAACUAAAGACACUUGCCGCUGAACUUCGACAACUGAAGGUGGAGCUUUCUCUAAUUUCACCAACCGGACAAUACGCUGCUUAUAUUCGCAAAGAGAGGGAAAUGAAUGGAAAGCGUGAUGAAUUCGAAAAAGAAAAAGAAAUGUGUGAGGGUUCUCUGCCAACAAAAAUGAAGAUUGACAUGAUUGGCAAAUUGGUUGUACACGGGGCUUCUUUUAUCUUAAUGUGGAUAACAGCUCAUCUUUCAUUUGCAUGCCUACCGACGAAUGUCUUUUAUCCAAUUUCUUAUCUAUUUGCUUGGCCAAGGAUUCCAUAUUUUUCAAGCGACACGGGCGGCUGUGCAGAAGAUACUUCUCGAAUCUCUUUGUUCAUCGUUAUCGCAAUGUUUUUCACUACUGUAAAAAAUUUUAAAUCUCGUACAGCUUUGGAAGCU